CGGAAGUUCAAUAAUUGUUCAAACAAAUAUUACAUUGAACUUCUGAAGACGACCAUCAUAUGGAUACCUAUAGUCACGCCAAGCUGAAUUCCCUUCUUCGGUUCCCUUUCAUAUAGCAUAAAAUGCGGGGAUGUCUGACCGUUUAUAAGUAAUCACCGUUCCUUCUUCCUCCAGUUGAAGCCAUGUUGCCACUGACUAGCCUGAAAAUCGUCCUGUCGUUCCUGCUCGUCGUCGGAUCCCCAGUUUUUUCUAUUCCCUUGAACACCCACACAACCGCUGUUAGCCUUGCCGCUAAAUUCAAAGCAGCUGGUGUGACCAAUAUCGUCGCAAGCGAUAGAGCACGCGCUCAAUCGCUGCAUCAGGCUGCGAAAAUCGGCAAGCAGUAUGCAAAUGCAUCCAUCACCAACGUCGCACCCAUAGGUUACACUGUACAGGUGGGUAUCGGUAAUCCAAUGAAGCACUAUGGACUUCUUGUGGAUACUGCUAGUGGUAAUACAUGGAUUGGAGCAGACCAGUAUUAUACCAUUACCAGGACCAGUACUGACACUGGAAACACAGUCGCUGUCUCCUACGGAUCCGGCAAUUUCUCUGGGAAAGAGUACCUAGACACUAUCACGCUGAACUCAUUGAGCAUCAGCAACCAAUCGAUCGGGGUGGCAGACACAUACCAGGGCUUUCGCGGUGUCGACGGCGUCCUUGGUAUUGGUCCCGUGAGCUUGACAAAGGGCACGGUGUCUAACACGGACACAGUUCCCACCAUCAUGGACAACCUCCUCAGCCAAAAGUCCAUACACUCUGAGAUCCUUGGUGUUUACUUGGUUCCUGUAUCGGAAGAGGAUUCGACUGGCACACUCACUUUUGGUGGUUGGAAUAGCUCUUUGAUGACAAGUGACAUCACAUAUGCCCCCAUUACAACUGCCUCGCCCGCUCGUAAUUACUGGGGAAUCGACCAGUCUAUCACUUACGGCAAUUCAACCAUCUUGUCUUCGGCGGCAGGAAUUGUCGACACUGCCACUGUACUCAUUCUAAUUGCGACGGAUGCCUUCGAUGCUUAUAAAACUGCCACUGGUGCUACCUUGGAUGAGACCACGGGGCUGCUCAAGAUUACUUCAGACCAAUACAGCCGCCUGAAACCCCUCAUAUUUACCAUCAGAGGGACUGCGUUCACACUCACUCCUAACGCGCAAAUCUGGCCUCGCUCAAUGAAUAGUGUCAUCGGUGACACCAGCGGCAACAGUGAUAACAUUUACCUUAUUGUUGCGGAUAUUGGCAGCGAAACCUUCGGUUUCGUCAGCGGGUACACAUUCCUCGAACGUUUCUACAGCAUCUUUGAUACCACGAACAAGCGGGUUGGAUUCGCCACGACGGCGUAUACUGAGUCGACUUCGAACUGAGUGUAAGUAUAUAUUGCACAAUUGAAUCUACAAGACUGCGGGCUGGAUCCGCUCGAGGUAUUAUUCCACGCAUACUCUGUAACGCAAUGUGAAUACAACCCCCAUUUCAACAUGA